UGGUUAUCAGUUUGACUUCAACCGGGUAAAUGUGAGGAUAACCUUGCGGAAAGUUAAAAAAAUAGCAUGGAUCUUCUGAUAUUGACAUUCAUUGUAGUGCAUAUGAUUCUUGUUAACGGUCAAAAUGAUGCUUGUUCAACUCCUGACGGGCAGUCUGGCAUUUGUAUAAUGUAUAACGACUGUGAUUUCAUUAUGCGUCUUCUCGUCCAAAACUCCCAGAAGCGUGAUCCAAAUAUAGAAAACUUUGUGAUUCAAAGCAUUUGUGGAAAUCGCGACACCUCACAGCUGGUGUGCUGUUCUGCCCUUAGAUUUUCGCAACAAACCAUCGCAACCACUACCUCAGGAUCAUUUUUCUUCUCAAAUAUACAAUCAGUUACCACUCCAGUGGUACCUACUAAUACCGUUGGAUUACAGAACGGACAAUAUAGAUUACCAACAAAUCCCAUCGAAAUGUGUGGGAUGUCUAAUGCAUCCCAUUCACGAGUCGUUGGUGGAGUGGAUGCUCAACGAGGAGCUUGGCCGUGGAUUGCUGUUUUAGGAUACCGUGCAAGCAAUUUCGAUCUAACGACGGGAUUUCGAUUUCUUUGUGGAGGCACUCUAAUAACCAGUAGACAUGUGCUUAGUUCAGCGCAUUGCAUUCAAAAUUUGUUGUUUUUUGUGCGACUAGGGGAGUAUGAUAUAACAUCCGACAAUGAUGGAGCGAACCCAGUCGAUAUUUAUGUUGAAAAAACUUUCGUCCACGAACAGUACAAUGCGAAAACGAUUCAACAUGACAUCGCUCUGAUUCGUUUGCAGCAAAAUGCACCACUUUCGAACGCCAUCAAGCCCAUUUGUUUACCGGUGGAGCAAGCGAUACGUUCAGCUGACCUAACAUAUUACUCACCAUUCGUUGCCGGUUGGGGUGCAACGUCAUACCGAGGUCCAACCGCUAGCCGACUGCAAGAAGUACAGGUAGUUGUCGUGCCCAUCGACCAGUGCGCCUUCAACUACCAGCUGUACUUUCCAGAUCAGAUAUUCGACAAUACGGUGCUUUGCGCUGGACUUCCUCAAGGCGGAAAAGAUUCUUGUCAAGGCGAUAGCGGUGGACCAUUGAUGUUGCCACAGCGUUCGAGUAAUGGCCAAUACUACUAUUUCAACCUAAUUGGAAUUGUUUCCUACGGAUAUGAGUGUGCAAAGGCAGGUUUCCCAGGAGUGUACGUGAAGGUCGGACCGUACAUUCCAUGGAUCGAAUCGAAGCUGAAUCUUUAAUGAUUAGUAUCGCUAGAACCAUUGACCGCUGCAAUCAUCGACCUUUAAAAGUAUUCAACGGCAAACCUAUUGAUGUUUAUAAUCAUUCUAAUAUUUUUUUCAUGCGGAUAUAAAUAAAGUGAUUGUUUGUUUAUAGCGAAACCAUGA